UACGUCUUCUUGAUACAACUACAUUUCCCGUCAGACGUUUCGGCCCCAGUAGCCCCACAUGUUGACAGAAAGCUUCCCUAUCAGACGUCCAAUACCUCAAACAUAACAUAUUUAUUCUGCAUGUAGGUAAUGUUAAACCUUACAUCUUAGACCUCAACCAACAUGUCUUUGUUCAUGGACCUCAACCUUCCCUUCACUGCGGACAAGAAGAGACUCAAGACCCUCCUGGAAACAGCAGCCCACCUUGGCUUCUCCACAGUCGCCAUCAACUAUGUGCAUAAGGCGCAGAGCAAGGGCAAACAGGAGAUACCCAAACCGACGCCGCUUGACCAACUAGUAGACGAGCUUCCAAUAGUCCAGGGGAGAUCUCGGCCUAUCAAAAUUCUCAACAGACUGACCAUCUUGGUAACAGACACCAAUCACUAUCGAACAAAUGCAGCUGAGUAUAAAGCUUACGACAUCCUGGCUGUUCAUCCAACCACAGAAAAACUUUUCCAUGCGGCAUGCAUGACGUUUGACGUGGACAUCAUCUGCAUCACUAUAACAGAGCGGCUUCCCUUCUUCUUCAAAAGGGCACCCAUCAACGCGGCCAGAGAGAGAGGGGUGAUGUUUGAGGUGUGCUACGCCGCGGCUAUCAGAGACUCCACCAUGAGGCGCUACACCCUCACCAACGGCCUGGCGCUGGUGGAGCGCAACAACGGAAAGAAUGUCAUCAUCUCCAGCGGGACGGACAAGGCUUUAGAGCUCAGAGGACCUUAUGAUGUUGCCAACCUAGCUCAGUUGUUUGGUAUGUCAGAGGCGGAGGCGAAGGACGGGGUGUCCUCAAACUGUCGCUCGGUUCUGCUGCACGCAGAAACGAGGAAAACGGCUUCUGGAAUCAUCUACACAGUGAAAACACCUAAAGACACGGAACCAAAAGAGACCGACACAGAUACAAUCUCCAUGGUAACGGAUGAGCCUCCUUCAGCGAAAAAACGAAAAACCUCUGCAGAGACCGACACAGAUACCGUCUCCAUGGUAACGGAUGAGCCUCCUUCAGCGAAAAAACAAAAAACCUCUGCUAGUUAACCGCUACUGCUGUGCGUAUCGGUAGCCAUUUUGUUUUGCUGUCGAAUUUGAUAACGUAUCAGACUUUUUUUUGUUUCAUCCCCUGCUUUUUUUUUUUUCUUUUUUCACCUUUUGUCUGACAGCUCAAUCUGAGAGAGACAAGCUGUCAAUUUGACUUUAAUAAGACAUCAUUGUUAAAACGUAAUAAAUAAAUAAAUACUCUAUUGAC